CCAAACGUAUUCUCGGGGAUCAGGACUCGCGAGACUCGCCUGAGCUUGGUUUCCCGAUCAACGCCGCAAUAAUUCACCACUGUCUCGCCGGAAAACGUGAUAAGAGAAGCUUCGAGAUGUCUGAUUCCGAUAUGGACAUUGACGAUGACGAGGUCCAAGUGCAGGUAAAACACACAAGUGCAAGAGAAUCUGAAUUGCUCGGAAGGCCAAUUGAAGCUUCCGAUUCCCAGAACGAUUUGAAGAAGCAUUCAGCUGAGCAAUCAAAGAUCAUGAAGGGUACAAGCGUUAGCUUCGAAAAAUCAACACUUAAAAUAUCUGGGAACAUUGGGAAGAAGCUGGAAGAUGAAAAAGGCACAAUUUUGUCAAGAUUUCCUGCUCCCGGUAUAACGGCGGCGCAAAGCUUUCCGUCAGGGAAUGAACCAGAACAAAAACGUGCAGCUCUUGUCUGCAAGUUUUUUGUUAAAGGCUGGUGUAACAAGGGGAACUUCUGCAAGUUUGUUCACGUGAACGAGAUUUCGAAUCACACGAGUCCACAACAGGUGGCAAGUAAUAUGGCUGGAAGCAGUGGUAUCCAGUCUGUUGAAGAAAGAAGAAUACUUGACGGCAAAGAAGGUGUAAGGGCGCUCAAUGGCGUGACCUCUUUGCAUACCAGAGGGGAUAUAUCUUUGGUGAAUCCCCCGAGUGUUCAGAGAGUUUUCCCGUUCAAUAACGAGAUGCGAUUUAUGCCUUCACAACAAAAUAUGGGAAGAGAGAGUCUACAGAAUUGUGGUGCUGAUGUCACUGGGAACAGGUCUCUAUUUAAUAAUAACAGCAAUUCCUUUGCAUUGCGAAGCAGCUUUGUUCAAGAGAAUAGAUCUUUGAUCACUUCCUAUAGAAAAACAGACAUGGAGUCUUCCGGACCAGCCUGGACAGUUCCAUCGUUCAGUUCUGUUCCUAUGAAUCAGUAUGCUUCUACCUUGAGGAAUAUUGAAAACAGGAAUAAUAUGUAUGGAUCUGGAUCACUUCCAACGCUGCAAGGGACAUCUGUUUCAUCCGUUAAAGAUGCAGAAGAAGGCAACACUACUAGCUAUGAGAAGAAAGUUUCUUCAAAUGAUUGGGAACCUUCUGAACCUUUCAAAGCAUCUUUCACAAUUCCACCUUAUAUACUUCCCUCGUCUGAUGCCCUCUACGAUCCUUUCAUAGAGAAUCCAGAAGACAGAUCUCUUAAUGCUCCAUCGUCAAGUAAAGGAAAACACGCCCGGAAAAAUACCCGCCAGCAGAAAGAUGGUGAUUCUGCGAGUGAUCCGCAAGCACGGGAUUGCAAUAACGAUGAUAAAAACAGUUCAUGCAGUCAAAAUCAAUACCAAGAACCUGUGGCGAGGAAGAAUUUGGUUGCACAUGGAGUAGUGGAAGGGGUGGCUACGUCGGUGGUUGAUCAAAAUGAUGCAACAACACCUAGCAAAGAGAUUUCUUCUUCGGCUGCUGUAGAGAAUAGAGUGGUUUUAAAAAGAAGCAAACCUGCAGGGCAUGAAUCUUGGCAUAGAAGUGAUGGUUCUUCACAUCAGAAGAUGUUGAAAUCAGAUGAGAUAGAUGGUGAAGUGAGGUCGUCAGACGCAGGAACGAAAGUGACGAGACAGUUCCGGACCGCAGUUGUGGAAACCAUUAAAGAAAUGUUGAAACCAUUGUGGCGUGAGGGUCGUCUUACCAAAGAUGUGCACAACAUGAUAGUUAAAAGAUCUGCUGAAAAGAUAGUCAGCACUGCUGUCCAGUUCCACCAGGUGCCGACUGAGACCGAAUCGGUGGAGCAAUAUCUAAGUAUGUCUGCACCCAAAAUUGUGAAACUUGUGGAGGGGUACGUCGAAAAGUACGGUAAACCCUCAUAGAGUAUCAUCAAAGCAAACGCCACUUACAUCGGUGGUGGCAUGAGCGCAAGUUGAUGAUAUUCUUGUAAAUUAUGUCAUCCUUCUUUUCCUCAGUUAGGACUUUAGCACCUAAUUUUUUUUAGAACUCCAUUCUUUAACCUCUACCAAUAAUGGAAGAAGGUUGGAACUGGAGGAAUCGUGUAUACUAUGUAGACCUCUUUAAAACUUGGUUUAUGCUUAAAACAGCUUUUCACACUUAGAAAGAUAAUUGAUUAUAUUUCGUUAAUUGUAACUCUUAUGGAAUAAUGUGAUAGAGAUGAGCUUAGCGCUAUAUUAUAGUUACUAGUCUGUUUGUUUGCUUCGGAAGCAGAUGAAGGAGAAAAGAGAAAGAAACGGAAUAAUGUUGAGCUUCAAACCGCUGAAAUUUUUUACUGCUUCAGUUCAGGAUCGGAUCCUUUAAAUCUAUAAAACAAGAAGUUGCUUUGAUAUUUUCUAUAACAUUAUACUAGAACACUUCCCGCUGUUCCUAUAAUACUUUUCCACGAAAACCAUAUAGGAUACUUAUGAUUUAAGGGUCCCACUUCAUGACUCCUUUGCCCUUAUCCAUAUCUCCAUCUCUAUCCACAUCUCCUGUAUCUUCUUCAUUUUAUAUUUCUAUUUCCACACUACUCCCUCACUACUUACUCAGGUUGUAUACAUUUUUAAAUUGGACUAUGCAUUUUAAAUGGGCGAUUCGCAUCCUAAUUAUGCAUGGAUAGUGUGUUUAUAUUCUAAAUUGACGCCCUGUAAGUUGCAAACUCGCAAAAACAAACACUUUUUUACAUAGAAGCAUGUGCUACUAUAAAGGCUAUUUUUUUACUGGUGAGUAAAUGGCUUAGUGUGGAAGUAGUAAGAUAUACUAUAUGGAUAGAAUGAAAACUUGUAUGCUAUCUGUGUAAAUAAACUCUACUUUAUGCAAAUACUCAAAACUUCCUUUUAAUAUUAUUCCAAUCAAUUGUCAAUUAUUUUUAUGUAUUGGAGAUAUUUCAUGGGUGAAAAAGAAGAUAUUUUAUGAAAUAGUUUUAACCUGUGGGUCUAUAAAAGAUGAAGGAAGUCCUCAAAAUAAUACAUCACACUUGACAUCCCUCACUACUAAAAUAUCAACAAGAGAUCAACAAACAAAAAAAAAAAGCAAAGCAGAAAAGAAACAAAUAAGGAAGAUGUGGGAUGAAACUUUUGCUGGACCUAAGCCAGAGCAUGGCCUUGGCCGCCUCCGCAAUAAGAUCACCGCCCAUCCCAUUGACAUCAAAGGUAUA